GGCGGCGACGGUGAUGCGCGCGCGCUUUGGCCCAACCUCGCCGUCGCCUUUCGUACGGGGGUGUUCCGAAUGUUGACGUCAGCGGCGCAUGCGCUCGCCGCCGAGUACAGCACUGCAGAGAGAGCAGAGGCGAGUCCGCGAGCCGUAUCGAUUUUACGAUCGUGUCUCGCUCUCGCGCCGUGUAGUGUGUCCGUUUCCUUUAGUUUUUAGUGACCGCGGUACGACUCGUUCCCCCUGUGCAUGGAUAAAACGGUGAAUGGGAUUAGCCGCUGAGCGCCAGGCUCCGCACGAACGCCGACUCUCGGAGUAGCAGCAGAGCAGCAGCUCCUCGUCGACACUCGCCAUGACUAAGGAUAGAUUAGCAGCCCUCGUCGCGGCCCAGUCAGACGAUGACGAUGUGGCGGACGAGGUGUCCGUCACCAUGGGCGGGACGGACGAUUUUAUGACAGAAUUUUUUGCAGAGGUGGAAGAGAUACGAGAGAUGAUCGACAAAAUCCAAACGAAUGUCGAGGAGGUGAAGAAAAAGCACAGCGCGAUCCUGUCUGCACCCCAAACCGAUGAAAAAGUCAAAAUGGAGCUCGAGGACUUGAUGGCGGACAUCAAGAAAACUGCUAAUAAAGUCAGAGCCAAGUUAAAGGUGAUAGAACAAAAUAUCGAGCAAGAAGAGCACACGAACAAAUCAUCAGCGGACUUGAGGAUACGCAAAACUCAGCAUUCGACGUUAUCUAGAAAGUUCGUCGAAGUUAUGACGGAAUAUAAUCGGACACAAACCGAUUACAGGGAAAGAUGUAAGGGCAGGAUACAACGACAGCUGGAAAUUACGGGUAGAACGACAACUAACGAGGAACUCGAGGAGAUGCUGGAGCAAGGCAAUCCGGCGGUCUUCACACAGGGGAUUAUUAUGGAAACGCAACAAGCCAAACAAACUCUAGCGGAUAUCGAAGCGCGUCACGCUGACAUCAUUAAAUUAGAAAACUCUAUUAGGGAACUCCAUGACAUGUUUAUGGACAUGGCCAUGUUAGUAGAAAGUCAGGGCGAGAUGAUAGAUCGCAUAGAGUAUCACGUGGAGCACGCGGUCGACUAUGUGCAGACAGCCACGCAGGACACCAAAAAAGCACUCAAGUAUCAAAGCAAAGCCCGACGGAAGAAAAUCAUGAUUAUGAUCUGCGUGGCCAUCCUCGCCGUGAUCGUGGCUACGACUAUCGGCGGAUACUUUGGCCUGUGAAUCUCUCGAUCCAGAUGUCGAAGGCGUCGUAAGCGUGCAAGAUUUUUGACGAGCUCGAGAAUCCGGCACGGCAGCAUCAACGCCUUGACGCUAACGUACGAGCCGACGCAUAUCGUCCCGUGCCCUUGAACGUGUUACGAUAAAAAUUGAGCAAGAAGAGGACGAAGGAGCUGAAGACGAAGACGAAGACGAUGACGAUGACGAAUGGCGCUCGCUCAAAGGGAGAAAAGAAGAGCAAGGAAAUGAGCCGCAGGCGCACCAACGUAAGCGUUAACUGCAACUCGCUCGCCUCCCCCUCCUCCGAUCGCGCACGCGACCGCGCCAACCCCAACGUCAACACCACCUACACAGAGCAAUUCAACGAGUCGUUCACGUACCGCGCAUCCCCGAUGCCUAGCCAAGCACGUGGCUGCGCUCGGCCUCGUCGCCCUCACUCCCACACGGACUCGGACAAUCCCAUCCCAAUCCAGCGCACGAGGUUUUCCGAGACCGAGACGUGGAAGCGGCACACGUGUCCCAUACACCGUAAGAACAGGUGGCCUCGGUGUAGACUUUCGUCGUUCAUUAUAAACGAGGCGGCGUUGGU